AAUGGCCAUUAUGGCCAGGGUUUAUUGUUUAUAAGGGGAAUAGAUCAACAACAGUCACCGUGUUGUUACAUACUACUUCAUACAUAGUUAUAGAGUUGAGUGUUUUUUAUUAUUACACAAUGCACAAACGGAAUAAGUUAUGGUAAUUAUUACUAUUUAUAACAUUGUUCUAAUAAAAUAUCCUUAGUUACCAGAUACAUUACAGCAUUACGACAUAGGUAUAUUGAUUUUAUGAUGGCUAGUAUUCAAACUGAAGGUCUUAAAACAUCUUGAACACAAACUUCAUAUCCCACAGUCCCCUGUGUUAAUCAGCACCAAAGCACCAUGGCCUUUUCACAAUUGAAUUUGCUCAACUCCUGCGUCCUCUCUCUGUCUCGCCUCCAUUUGAAAAAGGUCAAGGGUAAUCGAGGAGAGGCGGCGAGAAGAGGAAACGUGAACGAAAAUGUGCUUGUAUGAAAUUAGACUCUCCUUCUCAUCUUGCGCGUCAUCAGGCAAAUUACGUUUACAGGGGUGGAUCCCAAAAUAAAUGUGUAAAGUGAUCAAAACAAAUUAUGUUAGUUGUUUAAGACAUUUUAUAGAUAAAACAUGUGUGCAUGCUUUUCUCCACUGACAAAACAAAAUAUGAUUCAGGGGGGGUGUGACAGAUUUAGUAGGACUCAGGUAGGAUACACAUGACUAUCCUCAAUGAAAGGUGGCUAUCAAGGAGGGGAGGACACUCUUUCGUUUGCCUACUAACAAAUUGACAUCUCCUCAACCACUUAUCGGUUUCCAAGUAACGGAGGAGUGAGGACAGAGGAGAGAGGAAGGAGAAGAGAAGGUGGAGGAUGGACUUUUGCCCAAAUGAGAAAAGACCCAUGAAUUGCAUACUGGGACUUCCUGUAACAGUAGGAUCAAAGGUGAAGUAGAAAUUUACAUGAUACAGUCUACAGUUCUGUAUUACCAUUAGCAUACCAAACAUGAACACAUUUUCUAGAGAGCCUGAAGCUGAGGACCGUUGAUCCUUACACUGGAUUAUAUGUUGGUUAUUGUAGAUUCAGUUGUCUGUGACUAUGUGGUAUAAAGAGCACCAUAUAUACAGCACAGAUAAUCUAUGGGCUUGCUCAUUUAACCAUUCCUUUGUGAUGUCAAGGGUUUCUCAAUCCCUAUUCAUAGAAAGUCAUAAAAGUUCAACUUUGAGUUGUUUGUUUAUGACAUGGAGUGUGGAGGAGUGGCUCUUGGUCUUUAAGGCAGCGAGGUGGAGUGUUAGUGAAGUGCCGGAGAGAUACUCUCCACCAUGACAGAAACAAAGCUCUCCCCGGCAAAGUAGCUGUCUUUCUAUAUCUAAACUUCACCCUGGCAACUCAACAUCCUGGAUCAUGAUAGACGAUGACAGUAAAACAGAGUGGGCAUUUGAAUCUAGAUGCAGAGCUCGGUCGGUCACGAGUGGCUGGAAAUGCCAGAGAGAGAUACAAGGGUUGACUUGAAUUUUAAUCAAGGUCACCAAUAAGUAAACCCUCUGGAUUUUAACUGGUGGAGUCUUUCACUGAGCUUAGGAGUCAUGUACAGCUUGGAGCGGCCGGUCCGAGGACAAAGUUCCAGUCCGAAGGACCGACUGGGGAGGACGAGGAGGAUGGUGGUAUCCUCCCUCACAGAGGAUGAAGAGCUGACGGAAAUCCUCAAGUCAUACAGCAGUAACAAGGUGACCACCACCAAGUACUCCUUCCUCUCAUUUAUUCCCAAGAACCUGUUCGAACAACUCCACCGCUUUGCCAAUAUCUAUUUCAUAUUCCUGGCAGCUCUGAACUUUGUUCCAGUGGUCAAUGCCUUCCAGCCGGAAAUCAGCAUUAUUCCCAUUCUCCUGGUGCUGGCAGUGACGGCAGUAAAGGAUCUUUGGGAAGACUACAGGAAACACAAGUCGGACAAGUUCAUCAACGGACUGGUCUGUGAGAUUUACAGCAGGAAACGGCAGACGUAUGUGGACCAGCGUUGGCAGGAUGUCCAUGUGGGGGACUUUGUCCGUCUGUCCUGUAAUGAGAUCAUCCCUGCAGACAUGCUGCUGCUGUACUCCUCUGACCCCCACGGCGUCUGCUACAUCGAGACGGCCAACCUGGACGGGGAGACCAACCUCAAACAGAGACAAGUGGUCAGAGAUCUGCCACGACAGGGUUCUGAGUUGACUCCAGAGAACUUCCACAGCCGCAUAGAAUGUGAGAACCCCAACAACGACCUCAGCCGGUUCCGAGGUUUCAUGGAGUACCCCAGUAAGGCUCGUGUGGGCUUACACAACAACAACCUCCUUCUGCGAAGCUGCACCAUCCGCAACACGGAGACCGUCAUAGGCAUUGUGGUCUAUGCAGGUCACGAGACCAAAGCCAUGAAGAACAACAAUGGACCGAGGUAUAAACGCAGUAAAUUGGAGCGCAGGCUGAACGUGGACGUGCUGUGGAGCGUUGUCCUGCUGGUCAUCAUGUGUCUGACUGCAGCUAUAGGCCAUGGUCUCUGGCUCAGGAACCUGAAGGAUGCUUCCUUUCUGAUCCCUGACACCACGUCUCCUGCCCUGUCUGGCUUCUACCUGUUCUGGACCAUGAUCAUAGUUUUACAGGUGCUCAUCCCCAUCUCCCUGUAUGUUUCCAUCGAGAUCGUCAAACUGUGUCAAAUCUUCUUCAUCCAGAACGACGUGGACUUCUAUAAUGAGUAUAUGGACUCCAGGAUCCAGUGUCGGGCCCUGAACAUCACAGAGGACCUGGGUCAGAUUCAGUAUGUGUUCUCAGACAAGACUGGCACGCUGACAGAGAACAAGAUGGUGUUCCGGCGCUGCACCAUUGCUGGGGUGGAGUACCCCCACGAGGAAAAUUCGAGGAGGCUUGAAGUGUACGAGGAGGAUGAGGCGAUGGGUUGCUCCCACACGCUCAAGUCACGUGCCAGCGCCAAGUCCCUGAGCUGCAAGUCACUCAGCUGCAACCGCAGCUCUGUGUCCCUGCACACACUGACAGGCCACUCUGAGGGGGAGGAGUCACCCAGCCCCACCUUGCCCCGACACAGCGCCUUCAGUAGCCCCAUGGAGAAGGAUAUAGUCCCAGACCCUUUCCUGGUUCAGAAGCUGAACUGUCUGUCCUCUCCACUCUUCCUUCUGAGGGACGCCAGUAUGGAGCUCACCUACAUCGUUGACUUCUUCAUGGCUCUGGCCAUCUGCAACACGGUAGUGGUGUCUUCUCCCAACCAGCCCCGCCAUGUGGUCCAGGUGCCAGAGGUCUCCCGUACCCCCCUUAAAUCCCUGGAGGACAUCAAGAUGCUGUUCCAGCGUUUUGGCCUCCCCCGCUUCUCCACACUCUCUCCUCCCCACACUACAGAGAGCCCUCGCAGCUUCACACGCAGGCUCUUUUCCAGGGGCAAAGCAGCCUCCUUCACCCCCAGCCCCUCCCCUACCCCCACCAAGCUGGGUACAGAGCCAGAUGGGGAGCAUAACCUUGAAGACUCCAUCCUAAGUAUCAAACCAGGGCUGGAUGGGGUCCCUGGAGAGGAUGGGGACCAAGGGUAUGAGGAGGAGGGAGAGCAUGGCUCUUGGAAAGGCGAAGAGGACAAGAUGUUACACCUCAACCCGGGGGCCUGGAGCAGACUGGAGAACUCAAACGGAGCCGAAGGCCCUCCCAGUGAACCUGGGGCAGAUGAACUGAUCUAUGAGGCGGAGAGCCCUGACGAGGCGGCUCUGGUCCACGCGGCCAGGGCCUACCGCUGCACCCUGCAGGGACGCUCACUCGAGCGCCUUCUGGUGGAGCUGCCAGGGAUGGGCAGCCUGGCUGUGCGCCUGCUCCACAUCCUGCCCUUCGACUCCACCCGCAAGAGGAUGUCUGUGGUGGUCCGCCACCCACUCACCAAGCAGGUGGUGGUCUACACCAAGGGAGCCGACUCGGUCAUCAUGGACCUGGCAGAGUCACCUAAAGGUGCUGAGCAGUCAGACGGGAGACAGGGUCACAUCAGAGAACAAACCCAGAAACACCUAGACAACUACGCCAGGGAAGGCCUUCGCACCCUCUGCAUCGCUAAGAAGGUGUUGGAGGAGGAGGAGUAUGACAUUUGGUUGAAGCGUCAUGCAUUUGCAGAGACCAGUAUAGAGAACAGAGAGGAGCUUCUACUGGAGUCUGCACAGAGACUGGAAACCAACCUCACCCUACUGGGGGCAACAGGGAUUGUGGAUAGACUGCAGGAAGAGGUGCCAGAGACCAUUGAGGCACUACAGAGAGCAGGGGUCAAAGUAUGGGUCCUCACAGGGGACAAACAAGAGACUGCCAUAAAUAUUGCCUGUGCCUGCAAACUGCUCAGGACCACAGACCAACUGCUGACUGCUAACUGUGGUAGCAAGGAGGCCUGCAAGGCCUUGUUGCUGGAGCUGCGGGCGGAGGUGGAGCGUGGCGAGGCAGCUGAGGGCACGUCAGGCUUCACCCUGGUGGUGGACGGGCGCACGCUGGACUUCGCCCUGCAGGAGGACCUGAAAGGGGACUUCCUGGAGCUGAGCCGGCGCUGCAGGGCCGUGGUCUGCUGCCGCUCCACCCCACUUCAGAAGAGCCAUGUAGUACAACUGGUACGGGACCAGCUCCGAGUUAUGACCCUCGCCAUAGGUGAUGGAGCCAAUGAUGUCAGUAUGAUCCAGGUGGCAGAUGUUGGCAUUGGGAUAUCUGGCCAGGAGGGCAUGCAGGCUGUGAUGUCCAGUGACUUUGCCAUCUCCAGGUUUAAACACCUUCGCAAGCUGCUGUUGGUCCAUGGCCACUGGUGCUACACACGCCUGGCCAACAUGAUUCUCUACUUCUUCUACAAGAAUGUGAUGUAUGUGAAUCUGCUGUUCUGGUACCAGUUCUUCUGUGGUUUCUCGGGGAGCGCCAUGACCAACUCCUGGGUGCUCAUCUUCUUCAACCUCCUCUUCACCUCCGCCCCUCCCCUUCUCUACGGGAUCCUGGACAAAGACGUGUCUGCAGACACCCUCAUUAAGUUACCGGAGCUCUACAAAUCCGGACAGAAUUCCAAGGCCUACCUCCCUUCUACCUUUUGGCUGACCAUGCUGGACGCUCUUUACCAAAGCCUUGUCUGUUUCUUCAUUCCUUACUUUGCAUAUGCAGGGUCAGAUGCAGACAUGCUCUCCUUUGGGUCUCCCAUCAACGCCUCGGCCCUCCUCAUCAUCCUACUACACCAGGUCAUCGAGAGCCGCACACUGACAUGGCUACAUGUGUUAGUGCUGGUGGGUAGUGCUCUCUUCUACUUCUCUUUCACCCUGGUCUUCAGUGUGGUGUGUGUGACGUGUAGCCCCCCCAACAAUCCCCUUGGUGUGGACAAGCUACAGAUGUCCCAACCACUCUUCUAUGGAGUGUGUGCCCUCACCACCGUGGUGGCACUGCUACCAAGAUUCCUGUUCCAUGCAUUGCGCAACAGCAUCUCCCCCUCUGACACACUGAAGGCUGCUCUGAUGGACCAGCUCAACCCAGACAACUACUGUAGGAGGAUCCAGCACUGGAACCAGACCCAGGCCCAGAGUAAAGCCAGGGGUCUCGUCAUCAACGUGGAAGACUUGGACGUCAAGAUCCCUGACUUUAUACUCCCUAAAGAGCUGAAGGAAUGCAGAGCUGCCACUGGCUCUGUGCUCUCCUGACCUCAGAGGCUACAGGAGGUGGCAACCAUAGAAAUAGAAAGAAAAGAAUAGUCCCAUUCAAGUCAUUGAUGGCAUAAUUGGUGGACAUGUGGCCAUUGUGAGUGUACGCAUAGGAGCAAAGAAGGAAGUAAAAGCUGGAAGUGUACCCAUCAAUCUGUGCUGUGAUUUGUUGAAUUAACUCAACUGACAUUAUAAAAAAUACAUUCCAUUUCAUGAGCCACAUCAGUUAGCAUCAUUUGAAUGAACAUUAUACAUUAACAUGGAAAUUAUUUAAUCACAAUACCGGGCAGCCAUUGCUAGAGUACCCAUGAGUUUACCAGUCAAAUUGCAAGGGUUAGAGGUUCCAAGCCUGUGCUAUUCAUUAUUUACAUGGUGGCUACAGGGUUCAACCCUAACACCCUUCAAAGCUAGCUGCCUUGCAUGCGUUGCUCACUGGUGAUGGUUAAGAUCACUAUGCUGUCUAUCCAGGGAAAAGAGAUGGAUGUUUCUCACAUGUGCCUAGAGUUGCAUUAACAUGGAGUCAUAGUCCCUUGAUUAAAGAUUAGUGAUGUGGACACAUAGAUAUUAAUAAAUGUGUGUCUGCUGUACGGUAGGACUUUGACACAAUCCAGUGUCCAUGGUGAAGAGGCCCCUUCACAGUGCACCUUACCCGAACACUGCGGGGUGUGGUCCACUCUGGCCCUCUUCAGUGUGCACUGAGCAUGUAGAGAACAGAAUGCUAUUAGUUAUCAUUAUUAGUUAUUGAGCUGCGUACACUUAUUUUUAAAGUUAGCAUCAAGCUAUGACUCCUUUUGUGUUUAGGCACAACUCUUCGACGUUGGCGUUUCUUAAACAAACACUCCAAAAUAACAUUGUAAAUUAUGCAUAUGAACCUUGGACACAGAGGUCCCAUUGAAGGGCUAGACCAAAUCAAAAUGCUGUAAAGUGGCCUUUUCCUUCUGAAUCGCACUUGAAUUAAUUUUGACUAGAGUUGAAAUGGAUUUGGCAUGGACCUGACAUUUCUCACCACUGUUUUCCUCUGACCUGUAGUUGAGUAAAGCAGUCCACUAAAACAUGGGAUAUAUUUAUUUAACAUGUAUUUCCUUGUUGAGAUACAAUCUCUUUUUGAGAAAGUCCUGACCAAAGUGACAGCACACGUUUAGUUACAAGACAAGAACCAAAAUGCUAUGUAGAGUUACACACUGACACAAUGAAAAUGAAAUGUGGGAAUUGAUUGAGGGCCUGGGGCUUCUAAAGCAAGACAACCAAAAGUGCAACUUAGUAGGCCUGUAAGUGCAGGAGGAGGAUUCAGGUAUGGCCCUCUAUAUGUGAAGUAGGCAGUGGUGUAAAGUACUUCAGUAAAAAUACUUUAAAGUACUACUUAAGUUGUUUUUUGGGGAUAUCUUUACU